CCGUUAACCCUUUAAUUAAGCGGUUCAGGUUUGUAUAAGCAAUGUAGGUCAUAUUUUUUAAUUUUCUGAAACAAGUUCAUCUGUUUAAUGGUCUAAUUUUAUUUUGUAACACAUUGGACACUUGAAUUUACAAGUCACGUACACGGAAAUAUGGACUAUUUCCGUUGUAUAGUCAGCAUCCUGUUCGCUGUCUUACUUGGCUCUACUUCAGGUGCAGAUCCUGCUAAUCCAUGUCAGAGAGAGUGUGUGGAAGGUGACCCGGCUAUGCGCUGCAGUUACACUUUUCACAUUGAAUAUUAUUCUACAAUGAGCAAAGCCUGCUAUGACUGUCCAAACAACCCAGCCGAUUGCGAUCGAACAUACUGUAUUGCCGCCGAUGGGGUUCAACGGAGUGUCGUUGUCAUAAACCGUCAGAUGCCAGGACCGUCGAUUCAGGUUUGUCAAGGCGAUACAGUUAUUGUCGAUGUAAAAAAUCAUCUCAUGAGUGAAACUUGUAGUAUCCAUUGGCACGGAAUGCAUCAGAUCGGCACUCCGUACAUGGAUGGAGUUCCACUUAUAACCCAGUGCCCCAUAUCACCUGCUUCUUCAUUCCGAUACAAUUUCAUCGCUCAAAAUUCAGGAACCCAUUUUUACCAUUCGCAUUCCGGUUUCCAAAGAGUUGACGGAGUAUUCGGUUCGUUGAUCGUGCGCCAGAGUAGGCAAAGCGAUCCCCACUCUUCCUUGUACGACUACGACCUUCCCGAGCAUGUUUUGCUGGUGUCGGACUGGCUCGGCAAGCUGGGCGUUGCAAAGUUUUUGGCUCAUCAUCAUGACGACGGGGACAACAAGCCAACGAGCAUGAUCAUCAACGGAAGAGGACGAGUUCCCAAACCAAGAAGUGAACUGACUACCAACGAAACGAUUCCACUCUCGGUAUUCAAUGUCCAACAGGGUCGUCGCUAUCGCUUCCGCUUAAUCAGCAACGGGUUUUUGAAUUGUCCAAUUCAAUUAUCUGUAGAUAAUCACACCCUUCUCGUGAUCGCUAGCGACGGAAACGACAUUCAGCCCAUCGAAGUUGAUUCGGUUGUAAUCGAUGCUGGUGAGAGGUACGAUUUCGUCGUGAAUGCUGAUCAGGAGAUUUCGUCGUAUUGGAUCCGAUUGCAUGGACUGAUGGAUUGUCGUGUAAAAGAAGUAUUCCUGGGAGCAAUUUUGCGGUACAGUGGUGCACCAGAAAUCGAACCGGUUAAAGAUUUAACGUUCCAAAAUACGGAACACUCUGGCAAGGUUUUGAAUCCAGUUAAUUUGGCGCCGGGUGAUGACCAGCACAUUACGGUGGCGGAACUGAAGGCACUGGCCAAUGAAUUGACUGACUGGACAAGAGAGCCAGAUAAAAAAUUCUUCCUGGCAUACGAUUUCUAUGCGGUUAACAAUUGGCAUUUUCACGAUUCCCAGUAUUAUCCCAUACUUGGAGUUGGAAACAAUUUUAGAUUAUACACUCCGCAAAUCAAUCACAUUAGUCUCCGAAUGCCCUCAUCUCCACCUCUCUCUCAAUUCAAUUCUUUAGCGUCGGAUGUGUUUUGCAAUGAAUCAACAGUGUCGAACUGUGUGAAUGAGUUCUGUGAAUGCCCUUACACCUUGGAAAUUCCCCUGGGAUCUUUGGUAGAGCUCAUUGUCAUAGACGAAGGUGUUAAAUUCGACGCUACACAUCCAUUUCAUCUUCACGGUUCAUCCUUCCGGGUAGUGGCGAUGGAGCGCGUCACCAGCAGUGUCACUGUUGACCAGAUUCGAGCCAUGGAUGACAACGGGCUAAUCCGCAGGAAUUUAGUGGAUGCGCCCAUCAAAGACACGGUUGCUAUCCCCGAUGGUGGAUACACAAUCAUUCGUUUUACGGCAACUAACCCAGGCUACUGGCUGUUCCAUUGUCACCUGGAGUUCCACAUUGACAUCGGAAUGGGACUCAUUUUCAAAGUUGGCGGACAUGAAGAAUUUCCGCCCGUUCCAGAAAGUUUCCCAACCUGUGGUGAUUGGCUUUUUUGAAGGAAAAGUUAAGUUGCGUUUUAGAAAUUAUUCUUAACUGUAAUAGGUAUUAAAGUAGUUGCACGAUUUCACCACCGACCUUUUCUAUGCUACCCGACGCAUAUUACGCAUACUAUCCGCUAUUGUUCUACGGUUUUUUAAAAUAACAUUCUUCGAAAAAACGCAAUGAUUUAGCGUUAUCUGAGAAUCGCUAAUGGUCAUAAAGUGAAUUUUUUGUUUAAAAUAGUUUUUAAUCAUUCCAAUUUUUCUUAUUCAAUGCUGCCUGAUCCUUCAUUUCGUUUAUAACUUGCAUGUUCUCCACAAACUGCAGCAGUAUAAAAUUGUUAUCAUGCUAGAA